AUGGCAGACUUGCAUCUUAUAUACCAUGCAAGGGUGUUUUCCCGUCAGCGAAGCUGCUCAAUAAAGUCUGAAAUUGCUAGUCUGGGAGUUGCCGUUGGUGAAGGUGUCCAGAGUGGAGGAAUACGAAGCUGGAAUGCUACAGCACAGAACGGCGAUUCCACGCCGCUCAAAGUCACAAUCGUGGGGGGCGGCUUUGGGGGCUUGUCCUGCGCGAUUGCCUGCAAAGUUCAGGGUUUCCAAGUUGAUGUGUACGACCAAGCGGUAGAAUUUCUGCGAAUUGGCGACUCGAUUGGCUUUGGUUCUAAUUCUGCCCGCUUGUUCCACCGAUGGGAUGUAGGCAAUGAGCUCGAAAAGAUCUCGACCAAUAUGCCAGGGAUUGAAAUCUACAACUUUGAUUCAUCGGAAAAGAUGCUGGGAUUCGACAGCCAAAACGGAGAUGCAAAGGAAAAAUAUGGCUAUCCCGCCCUUAUCGCGCAUCGUGGAGACUUUCACCAAAUCCUAUCCCGCUAUGCUGUCGACAUUGGAGUCAAGCUCCACAUGGCCACGACCGUUUCGAGGUACGACAACACGAAACCCAGUAUCAUCCUCGAGAGCGGAGAAGAGAUUGAAUCAGAUGUUGUCAUUUGCGGAGAUGGUUUUAAGAGCAAGGGCCGAGAGGCUGUCUUGGGCUACGAGGACCGACCCAUCCAUAGUGGCUACGCAGUGUAUCGUGCGUACAUGGACGGGGAGCUGCUGAAGAGUGACGCCCUAGCUGAGAAGUUUUUAGACAAUGACGCGAUCCGCUUAUUUAUUGCGCCGGACAUGCAUGGUUUCGUCACGACCCUGCGUAAUGGCAAAGAGGUCAAUGCUGUCUUAACACACAAGGACGAGGCGGACAUUGAAGAGGGCUGGAACAAGCGGGGCGAUAUUAAAGAUGUUUUGAAACUUACGCAUGAUUGGGAUCCAGCAUUCCGCAGAGUAUGGGAACUCAUGCCUCUCGAGAACGUGAUUGACUGGAAACUGAUCUAUCGCCCAUGCUUGCCACAGUGGGUGUCAAAGACGGGGCUGGUCAGUCUAAUGGGCGACGCAGCCCAUCCAUUUCUGUCAACUUCAGUGCAAGGAGCUAGCCAGGCCGUUGAAGACGGCGCAACCAUUGCCAAGUGUCUGGCAAAGGCUGGCAAGGGCAACGUCCCUCUGGCACUGAAUGUCUUCUUUGAGAUUCGGCACAAUUACGUGGCCGAUGCGCAAUCCACAGGCAUCAAGCAACGCGAGCGAUGGCACAGCCUACACGACAGAGAUACCAAAUCGUUUAAGGACGAGUUCGACCUGAACGCGGUGUCAUUAACCAACUUUUAUUUAUGGGGGAAUGAUGCCGAAAAGGUGGUUGACGAACGAUGGGAUGAAUUGUCUGCAAUAGUGAAGUUACGAGCCACCAAAUUGACCCAAGAAAAUGGCAAAGCCAGCUAA